GCGGCGACACUCGCGCUCCUUUGUGCUCAGGCGGCGGCCUCUCGGGUCCUCACCGCGCGUCCUCUCGGUCGGCUAGCCCGAGCUCUCCGGUGACGGACCAUGUCGACGGCAGGAGCGGGCGCAGGCGUGGAGGCGGGCUUCUCCAGCGAGGAGCUGCUGUCGCUCCGCUUCCCGCUGCACCGCGCCUGCCGCGACGGAGACCUGGCCGCGCUCUGCUCGCUGUUGCAGCAGACGCCGCGCGCCCACCUGGCCGCCGAGGACUCCUUCUACGGCUGGACGCCCGUGCACUGGGCCGCGCACUUCGGCAAGUUGGAGUGCCUCAUCCAGUUGGUGAGAGCUGGAGCCACGCUGGACGUCUCCACUACACGCUACGCACAGACCCCAGCCCACAUCGCUGCUUUUGGGGGCCACCCCCAGUGCCUCAUCUGGUUGAUUCAAGCAGGAGCCAGCAUUAACAAACCGGACUGUGAGGGCGAGACCCCCAUUCACAAGGCGGCUCGCUCUGGGAGCCUGGACUGCGUCAGUGCCCUGGUGGCCAAUGGGGCCCACAUCGACCUGAGAAAUGCCAGUGGCCUGACAGCAGCAGACAUUGCUCAAACCCAGGGUUUCCAAGAGUGCACCCAGUUUCUCUUGAACCUGCAGAAUUGUCACCUGAGCCGUUUCUAUGAUAACGGCCCGGUAAAUGGGGGCCAUCAGAGCCAAUUCCCUAAUCAUACUAGUGCGGGAGCCAGUCGCAAGAGAUGCUUGGAAGAUCCGGAGCCCUUUGGAGUAAAGAAGGCUAGAACCGAAGCCCGGAGCUCGGGUCCCUGCAGGCCGCUGGGGAAUGGCGACGCGGAUGACGAAGCUGACACGAUGCUGGUCGAUAGAGAGCUUGCUGCUGUAACAGAUAUGAAAAACAGUAGCCCCGUGUCGGAUACAUUGACAAAUGGAUGUGUCAUCAAUGGACAUUUGGACUUCCCCUCCACGACACAGCUCAAUGGGAUGGAGAGCAGGAAUGACCAGUGCUUAUCAGGAUCUAAUGGAAUUAGCAAUGGAUUAGUUCGAGGACGGCCUUUUCCAAGUAGCCAGGGUUCUGUUUGUGUUAAUGGGACUGAGGACCCAGAAAAGACCAUGAGCGUUAAUGCGGAGAUGUGUGGCUCUCUGCACCUGAAUGGGAGUCCGAGUAGCUGCGUAGCUAAUAGACCUUCCUGGGUGGAGGACAUUGAGGAGAAUCUGCACUACGGGCAUUACCAUGGGUUUGGGGACACUGCUGAAAGCAUCCCCGAGCUUAAUAGCGUGGCGGAGCACCCCAACUCCGCGAAGGGGGAAGAGAGACACGGCGGUGCCGCCCUGGGGGCCAUGCACCUCUACCACGGCUCGUAG